AUGGAUAGCGAUGAGUAUAAAAAAGAAGUUGAAGCAAAUGUAAAGGCAGAAAAACUUUUACAGUUGCAAAACCAAACCGUACAGUAUGAAAACUUAGCACAAGAAAGUAAAAAUAAUGACGCAGCCAUGCAAAAGGCAAUGAAAAGCGCAGAAUAUAUAAAAGCUAAUAAUGACUGGUUAGAUGCCCAAGCCAACGCUAAAGCAGCCCAACUUCUAGGGUCAAUAAAGACAAAAAUACAAGCGGAUGAAGACAGUUCAAAUGAAGCUUUAACGAAUGCUGACUUUAAGAAUGCCUUCGAAGCUCUUCAUAGUAAGGUGAAACUAGUGAACGACUUCUCAUCUGGAAAGAAACUGAAGUCUGAAGGUUUCGACAAAGAGUUAAGAGAAGUAGCACAAAAUAUGACGAAAAUAACAGAUGCAGCAACGAGACAGGCAGUUCAAAGUGCCUAUGACGCCGUUAGAGCAACUGUUGUGGAAAGUCAAGAAAAAGAGUUACAACAGACCAAAACAGACCUAGUAAAUGCUUUCUUAAGAACGAAAAGUCAGGUAGGACAUUAUGCUGCAGAUGGAACAUAUGUGCCAGCUGGUGGAACUUAUAUACCACCAAACCCUCCAAGAGAAGCACUUGCACCAGGACUACCUAAAACAUUUACAUUGUCACAUGGACACAGACACAGGCAUGCACCAAAACCAACACAACAACCAACAGUUCAAAAUCCAGCACCACAACAACAACCAAAACCAACAGUUCAAAAUCCAGCACAACAACAACAACAACCAAAACCAACAGUUCAAAACCCUGCACCACAACCAAAACCAGCACAACAACCACCUCCACAACCAGCACAGCAACCAACAGUUCAAAACCCUGCACAACAACCAACAGUUCAAAA